GCCGGCGUGACGUUACGGCUGGACGCCGGCGUCUGGGUGAGGUGUAGCCGGAUGGAGCGGCCGGGGCAGCGCCGGGGGGCGGCAGAGGCACCUGGCAGUAGGUGUGAGGACAUCUAGCCUGGCUCUCACUGUAGCCUGGCUCCCUGACGUCUGAUGAUGAGUUUGACCCCCUCCAGGGGAUGCCUCCUGGACCUGCCCUGGGAAGACAUCUUGGUUCCACAUAUCCUCUGUCAUCUGCCACUGCAGCAGCUCUUGAGCCUGCAGAGGGUCAGCAAGUCAUUCCAGUCUCUCAUCCAGCUGUACCUGGCCAAUAUGCGCUGCUUUGACUCAAGCCAGAUUGGACCUCCCAUCCCUCGAGCUGCUUUCGUUAACCUGCUGAAGGACAACGAAGUACUGCAGCAGCUGGCACUCCAGAACUGCUCCGACUGGCUGACAGAUGGGGAGCUGCUCCCAGUCAUCGGGCAGAACCACCACCUGCACCACAUCCAGCUGAAGGGCUGUGCCCAGCUCAGCCGCCAUGCGCUGGUGGCCAUCUCACUGAGCUGCCCCAGCCUGCGCCAGCUCUCCCUGGCCCACUGUGAGUGGGUAGACAGCCUGUCCCUGCGCAGCCUGGCUGACCACUGCAAGGCACUGGAGGCUGUGGACCUGACAGCCUGUCGCCAGCUGAAGGAUGAGGCCAUCUGCUACCUGGUGCAGAAGUGCAACAGGCUCAAAUCCCUGUCGCUGGCUGUAAAUGCCAACGUGGGUGAUGUAGCGGUCGAGGAGAUUGCCAAGUGCUGCCCUGAGCUGGAACACCUGGACCUCACAGGGUGUCUGCGAGUGAAAAAUGAUUCCAUCAGGGUCCUGGCUGAGUACUGUCCCAAGCUGCGCUCGCUGAAGGUGAAGCAUUGCCACAACGUGGCUGAGUCCAGCCUGAGCAUCCUCCGAAGCCGUGGGGUGGAGCUGGAUGUGGAGCCUCCACUGCAGAGGGCUCUUGUUCUCCUGCAGGAUGUGGUUGGCUUCGCCCCUUUCAUCAACCUCCAGAUCUAGAAGUGCUGCUGCUGGGGAGGGGGGGUGGGGACUGACAAGACACUGGGAUCCUGGGAGGAUGCCGGAACCAGCUGCUUUGGAGAUAUGCAGAGGGAGAGGUUGGUCCCAUUGGCAAGGCUGUCUGAGUGGGGUUCACUGUUUCCUCUGGGGCUGUUCAGCAGCCACAGGGUGCAUAUUCAUGAGUGGGCUUCAUUGGUGCCUCUGGGGAAAGUAACUCCCUUUGCAGUGGAGAGAACGAGUGACUUGCAGGAACACCAUGGUGCUGAACAGGCCUUGGCUAGGCCAGCUGAUAGGAUUUAUUAUUCGUUGUAUUUUAAAUCUCUAAAUGGCAGCUGUCCCGACAGAGGAAAGUCUUUGAUGGGGUCUGUCCCCUGGGGUGUUGUGCAGGGUAUGCCAGCAGAGCUGUGGAACACACCAGGCCAGCUGGAGUGAAGGAGGAAAGCUGCCGGCCCUCCUCUUGGGAGAGGGCAGGCCCCUCUGUGCUGCAGGAGGAGGGCAGAGUGAGUCCAGCUUCAGCCUGCAGCCACUCGCCAGCCUGACACCAAAUUGCUGGCAUGGCCCAGGCCUAGGGUGCUGGUUUGGGCUGGUGCAAGGUGAGAGUUGUUCUCAGGGGAAACUUGCUCCUAACUGCAGUUUCACUGACAGAAAAACACCAGACCUAGCUGUGCUUCACUGCAAGUGAUUGACCAUUCCUGUUUGUUUCCCCCCCAGUUUCUGACUUAAUAUUUCAGUAGUGCCCAGGCUAGCUAUUAUAUCCUGCUCCAUGUUGCAUGGCUGAUGCUUUGGCAUCCAAGUGUUGAGAAAUCACAGGAGCCCUUGCCAUGCUGUCAGCUGGAGCUUAUGAGAGUGCUGCAGGUGGUGUUGGCAGGGAGCCUAGCUCUGGUCUGGAGUUCAACCUCAGCCCUUGUAUCUGCCAAGUGGUUAACCAGACAGCAGCUACAUCCUGUGGUGAAUGUGAAGAGAAUAAACAGCGGAAGAGAGAAUGACCCUGCUCUUACCUUUGGCCCCAGGAGGGAUUGGAGGUGGUGUCCACAACUCAUAUGCAUGCUCCAGCUGAACUACACACCAACUCACAUAAUCUUUAUUAAUACUGGCACGCAGUUUAAAGCAACAGUGCAGACUUGUAAAAAGGUUGCUGCAAAAGCACAAGCCACAUCUUAGAUCUAAAAAUGUCCCAUGCAUGGUAUAGCAGAGAAUGCCCAGGCCCUGGAGAAUCACUGCAGUGUGCCCUUGGGGGCAGAGGGACAGCUACACAAGGAGAGGUCUCCCCUCAGCUGUAUUAGUUGAGGAAGCUGGAAGUAGUGUCUUGGCUCCUGGGUUAGUUCCAGUUAGUGGCAGGUGGAGGAGUCCCCUCAUUCCUAGUGCUGUGUGUCCACCCUGCCAAGCCUGGCUGGCGAGGUGGAAGCUGAAGAACAGGAGGACCUGGCUGUCAGUGGAACUUAUACUUCCUGGCUGGUUUGAGGCUAAUGUAGGUUCUUUUCAUCUCCUCGCUCUCAGGCUUCUUGAUGUCUUUGUACCUCUCUCCCUUUGUACUAACCACCUGGUUAUCAAUAUAGCGGAUCAACUUCUUGGGAGCCUGGAGAGGAAAGAUAUUAACACCAAAUGGGUGGCCAGCCAUGCUGCGAAGGAAAGAGAGGGGACAAGCAGAAGCAGAGCUGUGCUGUCAGGGGGCAGAGGAAGACUGGGGUGGGCUGUUUUACCCAUCCUGUGUGUUGGGAAUCUCAGGCAAAACUGGAAGGAAGCUGUCUGAUGGGCAAGGCCCAUGCUAGUCAGGAAUGGUAGAAACUGACAGACCCUGCCACCCCGUAGCCAGGCUAAUCUUCCUUCUUUGUUUACUAGUGGGCUCUGGGAAUGUUCCUGCUCUGUUCUGCCCUGUUGUUUUCUGGACUUGCAGCCUGAUUUUUAAACCUUGGAGCCAAAGGACAUUCAAACUGCUGGUGAGCUGGGACUGCUCUUCUUACCUCUUUGGGUGGAGCUGGUCGGUGGGUUUUCUGAUCAUCUGCACUAUCCACCAUCAUGUAUCUGAAACAAGACACAUUUAGUGAACACUGUAACAAGCAUUGCCUGGAGCUGUUCAUAGCCUAUGCCCUUUUCCCUUUGGCUGGUUUGUGGCUGUACAAUGUGUCCUGUGUGCCUAGAUCGCAGCUACAAGCACUUGUUAUCCUCUGGAUGAAAGGGGCAAGAAGUGUUGUCAUCCUUCCGGAGAUUCUAUCAGGAUUCUCCUGGAGUACCAUCCUUGGCUGUAUGUGAAUGGUACUGAAAACUUGGGCUGCUGAGAAUGCUGAUGGGCACUGCAGAAAUGGAAUUGUUGUUCAGGUCUGGUGUGCUCUGCCAUUGGAGCAGGUUUGUUUCUUCUCAGCCCAACUGAUGGCAGCCAAAGCAGACAGAGCUGAGAUUACAGGACCAAGCUGGCUGCUUCUGCCCUGAAGAGAUGGUGUUCCUUUCAUGCUUCACCUACUACUUGACUGUGAAACAGGUCUGUGCUGGAAGCAACUUCAUAAAACCUCAUGCUCUAUAUGACUGAAACAUCAGGGCCCAAACAUUUACUUGCUGUACUGCUAAGUUACUACUCUUGAGACUGGUGCUGGCUUAGCAGGCGGACAGCACAACUGACCAUGACUUCUCCCUCAGUAGUUAGUAUAGUUGCUCAUGUGUAUCUUCAGCUAUGGUAAUCUGCUCUCUGUACCUGUGCUUGAGUGAUGUUUAAAGUACAGGACAUUGCCAAAAUGUCAUUAAAGUGAAGUUCCCAGAAACAUAAA